UGUCACAGCUAACCACCAGGUCAGUUUCACGGUGUCUAGCGUUGCCAGCGUAAACACAGAGAGGAGGAUAAUAGAAGCAGAGUGGUAACUGAAACACCAUCACUGUCUCAAGUGUUUGUUUGGAUAUCUGUCUUCUUCUCCUUCUCCUUCUUGUUGUCGCUCCCUGGGAGGAGGUAGGAGGGUGAGGAGAUUAUGGCUGGACUUUCUCCACAGAUCCGAGGACUUCAGGUAGAUGAGGUCGAAACCAGAAUCCUGAGAGUAAAAGUUGUUGGUGGAAUCGGGUUGGCCAAAAAAGAUAUUCUUGGAGCCAGCGAUCCCUAUACAAGACUGUCCCUCUAUGACCCUGUAAAUGGAGAAAUAACAAGUCUUCAGACCAAAACAAUAAAGAAGACAUUGGACCCAAAAUGGAACGAAGAAUUUUAUUUCAGAGUUGAUCCCAGGAAACAUCGUCUGCUGUUGGAGGUGUUUGAUGAGAACCGUCUGACACGUGAUGACUUUCUUGGACAGGUGGAUGUUCCCUUAAAUCAGAUACCGACAGAAAAUCCUAACACAGAAAGGCCAUACACAUUCAAGGAUUUUCUGCUUCACCCACGAAGCCACAAGUCCAGAGUUAAGGGUCACCUGCGUCUCAAAAUGACCUACCUGCCAAAAAACCCGGGUUCAGAGGAGGAAACACAAGAUCAGACUGAGGAUAUGGAUCCUGGUUGGGAGUUUCUGGAGUCGCAGGACAUGUCAGGUCCCAGGCAAAGCCAGCUGCUGCCUGCUCUGCCCCCUGGCUGGGAGGAGCGGCAGGACAACCUGGGAAGAACUUACUAUGUCAACCAUGAGAGCAGAACCACACAGUGGCACCGACCCACAAUCCAGGACUGUGACGUGGCGACCCAAAGAACACAGAACUGUAACACUGAGGGGGAGCACGCUUUUAUUACACGGAGACAGAUCUCAGACCACGAAGAAAACACAACACGAGAGUCUCCCGAGAGCUGGGAGAUUAUUACAGAGGACGAGUCCACCUUGUAUCACAGCAACAACCAGAUCGCAACACCUCCACCCCACAUGCCUUUGGAGUUCCACUCGUUCUGUGAUGAUCUGAGAAGCGUUCACAUUGCAGGGGCCACAGCUGGUGAGCAGUGCACCUCCCAGACGGAUCACGCUAGUUCAAGUCAUUCCAGUCUCAGAGGAAGUGCCCAGGCUUCAACAGGAGAGGAACAUCCUGUUAAUCCAGUGCUGCUUCCAACCUCUACUGGGCUGCCUACAGGCUGGGAGGAGAAGCGGGACAGUAAAGGUAGACGUUACUAUGUCAACCACAAUAGUCGAACCACUACAUGGACACGACCCCUGGUUCAGAGAACCUCAGAGGCGGCAUCAGCAGCAUCAGCAUCACCAUCACCAGCAGCAACAGCAGCAGCAGCAGCAGCAGCAGCACAAAGUAGUGCUAGUAUACCCCAGAGCCCCACACCAUCCCUACCACCUAUGCCCCCUGAGGAGUCUCCUCAGCACACCCUGAGUCCGGAGGCCACAUAUGAGUCUGGCUUCUUGCCAGCUGGUUGGGAGGUCCGCAGUGCUCCCAAUGGAAGACCCUUUUUCAUCGACCACAAUACAAAGACUACUACUUGGGAAGACCCCAGGCUAAAGAUUCCUGUGCAAAUGAGGAGGAGACCCUCGCUUGACCCAUCUGAUCUCGGCCCGCUGCCUCCUGGCUGGGAGGAGAGGGUCCAUACUGACGGGAGGAUAUUCUACAUAGAUCACAACACCAGGACCACACAAUGGGAUGAUCCCAGAUUACAGAACUCAGCUAUAACUGGACCAGCAGUGCCUUAUUCCAGGGAUUAUAAACAGAAGUAUGACUACUUCCGCAAGAAGCUGAAGAAACCGGCUGACAUCCCAAACCGCUUUGAGAUGAAGAUGAGACGAAACGCGGUGCUGGAAGACUCGUACCGACGCAUUCUCUCAGUUAAGAGAGCGGACCUGCUGAAGGCACGACUGUGGGUGGAGUUUGAGGGAGAGAAAGGACUGGACUAUGGAGGUGUGGCGAGGGAGUGGUUCUUCCUCAUGUCCAAGGAGAUGUUUAACCCGUACUACGGGCUGUUCGAGUACUCUGCCACGGACAACUACACUCUGCAGAUCAACCCUAACUCAGGUUUAUGUAAUGAGGACCACCUGUCCUACUUCAAGUUCAUCGGCCGUGUGGCGGGCAUGGCCGUGUAUCAUGGAAAACUGCUCGAUGCUUUCUUCAUUCGGCCUUUCUACAAGAUGAUGCUGCAGAAGCCAAUCACUCUCCAGGACAUGGAGUCUGUUGACAGUGAAUAUUUCAACUCAUUGAUGUGGAUUUUGGAGAACGACCCAACAGACUUGGAUUUGCGAUUCACCAUCGAUGAAGAGCUGUUUGGACAGACUCACCAGCAUGAACUGAAGCCGGGUGGCGCAGAUAUUGUCGUCACUAAUGACAACAAGAAGGAAUACAUUCAUCUGGUGAUGCAGUGGCGGUUUGUGAACAGGAUACAGAAGCAGAUGACUGCCUUCAAGGAGGGAUUCUUUGAGCUGAUACCACAAGAUCUGAUCAAGAUCUUUGAUGAGAAUGAGCUUGAGCUGCUCAUGUGUGGUCUGGGAGAUGUGGAUGUGAACGACUGGAGAGAGAACACCAAGUACAAGAACAGCUACUGCGCCAACCACGUAGUUAUCCAGUGGUUUUGGAAAGCCGUGCUAGUGAUGGAUGCAGAAAAGAGAAUCCGACUCUUGCAAUUUGUGACAGGCACAUCCAGGGUCCCAAUGAACGGCUUUGCUGAGCUCUAUGGGUCUAACGGGCCACAGCUGUUCACCAUCGAGCAGUGGGGAACACGUGAUAAACUGCCGAGAGCCCACACAUGCUUCAACCGACUGGACCUUCCUCCUUAUGAGUCCUUUGAGGAACUGAGGGAGAAACUUCACAUAGCCAUCGAGAAUGCACAAGGCUUCGACGGGGUGGAUUAAUGCUUCUGCAGUAAAUGAACUGAUUUUACAUUACUGCCGUCGGAGAAAAGCCGAGCAGUGUGAUGUAUGUGGUGAAGUUGACGAGAGAAAAAAGCUGUGCAUCAGACUCAGGUCUUAACCUGCCAGCUGUGUGACAAAUGAAGGACAGUCACACGACCUUCACUUUGGUCCUCUCAUGGGGCAAAGGAAUUCAGUCUGGAGUGACAGAGGUGUUUAAUCACUCUGAGUGAUCUAAAGUUUACAAAUCAGGUUUUUCUUCUUAUUUGAUUCUUUAUUGUAAGUUGCGCAAAAGUGUAUUCACUCUCUUUUACUAUGCUAAAAUGCUGAAUAUUUGUAGAAUUUAGUUCUGUGAAAUUACAAUAUUACAGACAUUUAUGUGAAAGUUAUAACAAACACAUCUAACAUUUAAGAACAUUUGUUUCAUUUUGGCUGAAUUGCCUCAGAAGCUUCUCAUAUCAAGUUGUGAUGUCUUCACGUUAGUGGGAAAUGAAUCAUGUUGCUUCUCUUUGGAAAUCCAUAAACUUGUGCUUUCACUGCUAGUAAGUGAUGUAAAGAGUGGACCAUCGAUCAGAACAGUCAAGCACACUGUGGUUCAGUCAUAGCCUGGUUUCAUAUAUUUGAAUCACUGCCCAAAUCUCAGUUUUUUAGCAAUUCAAAUAACAUUAAUUAUGUGAAAUUAAAAUUGAGACCAAUUGAACCUUUUUCAUUGAACAAGUCCAAAGUACUUUUAGAACAGCAAAACAUAAAUGACAAAAUUGGUAAUUCAACUGAAAUUAAACUGAUGGAAAGGUUAUUUUCCAUGUUGUUUGACUUUUAUACAUAAUUUUACAUUUUUCAUUCCAGUAUAUUAGAAACACUGAUGCAGGAAAUACAUGCACCUCAAAAGCAUUAGAGGCAGAAAAUGUACAAGUUUGAGCGACUACACUUAAACCAAGUGUAUCAAUGUGUCAAUUAAUCAUCAUAGUAGUGAUGUACAAGUACCAGGACCAGUAAAAGGCUAAACUAAUUAAUAGUUCACAUCUGUGUAGUCCGCAGAUGCAAAGAAUACAUGCAGUGUUAGAUUAUGCUCAAAUACUAUGCAUCAUUGUGUGUAUAUAUAUAAAUAAAUAUAUAUAUAUAGAGAGAGAGACAUAACAUGAGUUUCUCAGUUCUUACAUAAAUAUACAUAUGUACAUAAAAAUAAAACUUCUACAAAAUGAUGAAGCCUUUAUUGUUAAAGCUGUUAACUCAAAGUUUUCAAAUCUGCAAAAAAAAAAGGUUAUUGGUGCAACUCUACAUCCUUUUUGUGUUUCAUUUAUGAUCAGCAGCCACUCAAGUUUAACAUCAGCUAUAUAUGUAUCAGAGGAAUGGAUAAAUGUAUGUCUUCUGGGCGGUAGUGUACACAAUCAUUCAGUUUGCAUACAGUAUGUGAAAUAUUAUGAAUCGUUGCCUUUUGUCAAUGAGUGAUAUUUUGUUUUCUUCUACUCAUCAUGGGUGUCUAACUGCAGCACAGUGCUCUAUUUUUAAGAGUGCAAUUUAAAAAAUGUGUUUUUGUUAGUUGUCAGAAUUGUGUACAGAUUAUUUUCAGUUUUCAAAGUGAGUAAUCACUUUUAAUACCUUUUUUGUUGUUGGAAAGUAACUGUACUCAAGCAGUAGAUUUAUAACCGUUUAUUCUUUUCUGAAUGGUAAAACAUGUGUUUACACUACCUGCCAUGUUUACAGGUUGUUGACAAAGGAAGAUGUCGUGGGCUGGUUCUUUUCUCCUAACAACACAGUUUUAUACUUACGCUUUUAUAAAGUGAAGCACUUUGUUGAUAUCGACAAGUCUUACUUCUGAACUAUCUGAAUCUUUGCCGAUCUGUCACCUGCAGACUGCUUAAAUCGCUCUUAGAGAAAAUGAUCCCUUGCUUCAAGUGCACAUGUUUUAAAUGUUUACAUGUGAACAUUGUUGAAAAUAAGCACAUUCUCUUCUUUCACUUAUAUUUAAAACUGAAUAUAGAGGCCUUUUGUUUGUAAUGUAUUGUAGAACUUGUGUUAAUUGAUGUUCUGAUCUCCAAAUGGAAGUACUGUUAUAUAUGUAUCGUUGUCUAUUAAAGAUUAAUUAAUAGAUCAACACUUAAUUUCUGAUAUCAAAUUUUCUUAUUGUAAAAUUUUAAUUGUGACACCUAUAAGUGCAUUACAACACAACCAUACAUACAACAGUUUAAAGGCUAGAAUGAACUGUAGUUGUUAACUCCAAAUUUGAUGACCUAUAUUACACCAAAUUCUAUAUAAAUAUAUUUGAAAAAUAAAGAAAUUUAAAAACCAA